GCCCGCGCCCUCUCGGUGGCCCUGCGCGAGGGCCGCUGCCGGCAUUAGGCCGAGGGAGGGCUGACGUUGGACAACAAAGAUGGCGGCGGGAGCGGCGGUGGGAGGAGGCGGCGGCGGCGGCGGGGGGGGCAGCGGCAGCAGCAGCAGCAAUUACUGGGAGGAUCUGAGGAAGCAGGCCCGGCAGCUCGAGAACGAACUGGACCUCAAACUGGUCUCCUUCAGCAAACUGUGCACCAGCUACAGCCACACCAACUGCCGGGAGGGAAGGCGCGAUAGGUAUAGCUCAGACACAACUCCUCUCCUGAAUGGAUCUAGCCAAGACCGAAUGUUCGAAACCAUGGCGGUGGAAAUCGAGCAGCUCCUAGGGAAGCUCACGGGGAUCAACGACAAAAUGGCAGAGUACACCAACAGCGCGGGAGUUCCAUCCCUCAACGCGGCGCUGAUGCACACAUUGCAGCGGCACAGGGACAUCUUGCAGGACUACACACACGAAUUUCACAAAACCAAAUCUAACUUCAUAGCUGUGCGGGAAAGAGAGAACCUCAUGGGGUCGGUCCGGAAAGAUAUUGAGUCAUACAAAAGCGGAUGCGGCGUGAACAACAGGCGGACAGAACUCUUCCUCAAGGAACAUGAGCACCUCCGGAAUUCCGACCGGCUGAUAGAGGAGACCAUAAGCAUCGCCAUGGCAACGAAAGAGAACAUGACUUCUCAGAGGGGGAUGAUGAAGUCAAUACAGAGCAAGAUGAACACCUUGGCCAAUCGCUUUCCUGCUGUCAACAGCCUGAUCCAGAGGAUCAACCUACGCAAGCGUCGGGACACCCUGAUCCUCGGUGGGGUGAUCGGCAUCUGCACCAUCCUCUUGCUGCUCUAUGCUUUCCAUUGACGGAUGCUUUGGGCAAAGAGACUUUCGGAGUGCCGGAUUCCGCCGCCUGACGUAGGAAGAGGCAGGGGCCGCCAGAGCCUUUUCCGACGGGCCCGCUCCGGUGAAUGUGAAAGCAAAAAGGUCACGCGCAGCCAGGGGGUGUGGUCCUUCUCCCUUUUUUCUCUCUCCCCACAUCUGGCCGCAGGUCCUGAAUGGGGUGCUCUCCCCCGCUCUUUCUUCCACGUCCCUCCCUCCUUUGGAUUACAGUUUGGCUUAGAUUUACCUGGCCCCUUUCCUUUCAUGAAAAUCUCUCACUUGGCAAAAACUCUGAACCUAUUUGGAACCACCUACAAAGCCACAGUGGCAAACGUGGGAAGCCUCCAGGUUUAAACUGCGCUUCCCAGCGUCAUCUGCUAGGCUAGCACAGAGUUUAUGGGGGUUGCGGUCCCAAAUGCUAGCCUAUCCCCAAUUCAGUGAUAAAUAUCAUCCGAACCAAAACCAUCGCUAUACAUUUUCACAAACGAAUCUCCCUUUCCUGCAUCCAGAUAUUAAACUAAGCCCUUUUGGUUUUGUUUUCA